AUGGGAAAUCUUUGCUUUCAUUUCUCCUCCUCCAUUUUCUCCAUGCUCUGUCUCAUGGUUUGCCCAUCUUUAUGUCAUUCCAAUUUUACCCUUGAUGGAUUGACACUUCUUGCUUUCAAAUCUUCUAUUAGGGACCCUUAUAAUCACUUGAAAAAUUGGUCCAACUCAUCAUCUUCCUUUUGCAACUGGUUUGGAGUCACUUGUGAUCCUAACAAUGAGAGAGUGAGAAUCCUGAGUCUUCCUGAUCUGGGUCUUGAGGGCACCUUACCCUCACAAAUUGGAAAUCUGUCCUUCCUAAAAAAACUUGAACUACAAAGCAACAACUUUCAUGGUGGGCUGCCAAAAGAGUUGCUUCAAUUAAGCAAAUUGGAAAUUCUAAACUUGAGUUAUAAUACUUUUAGUGGAGAAAUUUCGAGUUGGAUUGGAAGCUUGUUUAUGCUUCAACACUUGAGUCUUGGCAAUAAUAGUUUUGGAGGUCUCAUUCCUCCAAGCAUAUCCAAUUUGUCUAAGUUGGAGACCUUGGAUUUGAAGUCUAAUUCUAUCAACGGAUCUAUUCCGUUGGAUAUUGGAAGACUACAACACCUAAAAGUUUUAUGCAUUUCCAGAAACAUGCUUUCAGGAAGUAUACCUCCAACUAUCUCUAACUUAUCAUCACUUGAACACAUCUCAUUGUCUGUCAACUUCUUAGAAGGACAUAUUCCCAAAGAAGUGAAUAAGCUUACAAAUCUGAAAAAUAUGUACAUGGGUAUGAAUAAGUUGUCAGGGCAAAUACCAAGCAUUGGAAAUUUGUUCAUGCUUGAAAAUUUAUAUCUUGCAAGCAAUAGCCUCCAAGGAAAUAUUCCGAAUGAAAUAAGCAAUCUUACAAAGGUGAGUUGCAUAUACGUAAGUGCUAAUCAGUUGUCUGGUCAUAUACCAAGAGGCAUUGGCAAGUUCACUCGGCUUCAAAAGUUAUUUCUGGACAACAAUAACUUAGAAGGAAAUAUUCCCAAUGAAAUUAUAAGUCUUGUAAAUUUGAAGAUGAUGAGCCUAAGGGUUAAUAAGCUAUCUGGCCCCAUACCAGGAGGCAUUGGAAACUUGACUCUGCUUCAACAGUUGGAUCUUUAUAGCAACAAUUUAGAAGGAUCAAUACCUAUGGAAAUUGGUAAUAUUCAACAGCUUGAGAUAUUAGAAUUGUCUCAAAACAAAUUGAGAGGGUUUAUUCCGUCAGAAAUUUUCAACAUGUCAACUUUGAAGGUCUUGUCUCUCUCAAACAAUUCUCUAUCAGGAAGUCUUCCAUCAAAUUUUGGAUUUGGCCUUUCUAAUCUACAACAGCUUUACUUAUGGGGCAACAAACUUUCUGGAAAAAUCCCAAAUACUAUAUCCAAUGCUUCCAAGCUAAACACUCUAGAAUUGGAGGACAAUAAUUUUGAAGGGGUUUUACCAACACACACUUGGGCAUUUAAGAUACUCAGAAACCCUUUCAGUAAGUGA